GUGGGUCCUAGAGGACGUCCUCUGCUGGCGUCAUUUGCGCGCCGCCUAGCUUCCCAUGCACUCUCCUUCUCCCGAAAGCCUGCGGAUAGAUGUUUCGAUUUCAGUCCCUGGAUGAAGACUGUAUGCUGGAGGAGGAAGAUGAUGGAUUGAUAGAAGACGAAGAUGAAAUCGAUCAAUUCAACGAUGACACUUUUGGAGCCGGGGCCAUCGAUGACGACUGGCAGGAGGAACACAAGCGCCUCGCCGAGCUCGAUGAACGGGACGAGUUAGGGGCGGGGCUGGGGUUCGGCGGAGGGGGGAUGGGAGGGGACUCAGACUUGAGCACAAGCGAGCGCCCGUCCUCCACCCGAAUCCCUUCUUCUGUAGUCCAUCCCCCUCCACCAUCAUCCCUCGCUUCCCUCAGCUUCUCCUCUUCCUCGUCUAGACUGCCGCCAUCAGAUGUGGAGGAUCGAGUGGGGGAGGGGGAUUUGGCCGAGUCUCUGGCCAGGCUGAUCCUGGACGCCGACCCGGCCAUCGCUGGAGUCGGGGCAGCUGAGAGACCCGGUCUGCCCCCCGGCUCCUCAGGAUCCGGCCUCUCCGCCCUGCGGGGGCUGGACCAGCCCAGAGUCCUGCCGCAGCCCUCCCCCAUCCUGCCUCCCACCCAGCCACACCAGCAUCCCCAGCACCAGCUGCCUCCUGGGCUCCCUGCGUCAGGCCUUCCUCCCUCGUCCAUGCUCAGCUACCAACAGCAGCAGCACUUGCUGCGCAGAGGCACCGCCCCCAUGGGCCAGAUGAGCUCUCACAGUAUUUGGGAGAACAGCAUGGGCUUUGGCCCCGUGAGCGUCGCCCCGGGAUUGCUCACACACAUGGAGGAUAAUCCACUCAUGUCGAUAAUCAAAGAGGUGGGCCAUCCUAAACGAGCUCCUCAGGGCAGGAACGAUGAGGAUCUGUCAGAGAGGGCUCCUCCUCCACGCUCUUCUUCCCCUGUGAUUGGCUCCCCUCCGGUGAGGGCGGUGCCAAUCGGGACUCCACCCAAACAGCCGAUGAGCCACGCGCUGAAUCACCAGAUCCACCAUCCCACUGCGGUCCACGUGAGAGCCCCGGUCCAGCACAGAUACCCCGCUCCUUUCCCCGAGCGUCUGUCUCCCAACACCCUCCUCAACAUUGCUAACUCUCCUCUGUGCCGCGGCCCGUUCCCCCCCAGAGUCGGUCCUGUUCUGUCGCAGAUUCAACGCGCCCAGCUGCUCAACUCUCAGGUGGCAGGAUUUCCCCGCGGCGGUCCUCCUCCUCUGCUGCCAGGCGGGGGAGGUUUCAGACCCUUCUUCGGAGGCCCUCCUCCUCCGCACGGUCACCGAAUGGGCCCCCCACCACCUCACGGGCCCCCUAACCACAACUACUAUGAGAAAAUGGAGAAGCGUCAGGAGAAAGAACGAGACAGCAGCAAGAAGGAGCACACCACCAAGCUCAUCACUCCUCAGGUGGCCAAGGUGGAGCACACCUACAGACCAGUUCAGUUCGCAGGCUCUCUGGGUAAACUGACCGUCUCCAGCGUCAACAACCCCCGCAAGAUGAUCGACGCCGUGGUGACGACUCGCUCAGACGACGAGGAGAAACGAGAGAAGCAGGUUUGGAAUAAGAGGCGACAAAUCCUCUACACAGUGGAGAAGAUGUACAGUUUGCUGUUGGAGGUUCAGGACUUUGAGAAGUGCUUCGUCCAGGCGCCGGAGGAGGACCGCGAGGCUCUGCUGGAGCAGCACAAGAGCAACACGGAGCAGCUCUGCAGCUCGCUGCGGGAGAAAGAGUGGGACGACAGAGUGAGUGACGAGCAGUGUGUGAUGAUCAUGUCGGUGAGGAAGGGCAAGCGGCUCAUCUCCCGGCUCCUCCCCUUCCUGCCCUCAAUGCAGGCUGCUGCUGUUGUCAUGGCAAUUGCCCGCAACCUUCCCGCUUUAGCCAAGAAGGACAAACAGGACCAGGUGCUGUGCUGGUUGGUGGAGCCGGUUUCUGCAGUGAUCCAGUCGUUAUCGAGCGCCUCCCUCACAGAUCUGCUCCAGGAGCUCCAAGGCAGCGAGGGCCAGCUGGCCACAGUGCUGCACAACAAGUUUGGCGUGACGCUGCUCUACGUGAUCCUGAGUGAAGGUGAGAGGAUGCAGAGCUCCGACCCAAACUGUCAGCUCAUGGACGACAAUCGAUGGACUGAGUUGGUGUUUUCGGUGACGAGGGAGCUGCUCAGCGUCCCCUCCUCGUCCCUCUCUCCCCCCCUCUUCACCCCUCCCAACCUGCUCUCCCUCUUCUCGCGCUACGUGGACCGGCAGAGGCUCGAGCUGUUACAGGACAAGCUACAGAUCUCUGCUUUGUCCAGGUAGAAGUUACUACACGCAUCGACGCAGCCCCUCCCCCACCCACCCACCCACCCGAUGCAGACCUUUUG